AUGGUGUCCGCAGUGUCCGCGCAGCCCUUCUCGUUGGUCGUCGCAGGGCCCUUCCUGCUUUCGAGCUCCUGUGCGCCGGCGGUGCGGGCAAGGACAUGUGUCAACGGAGUCGCUGAGAAAAUGUCUGGCGUCUGGCGUUGCCGCUGCUUUAGCCCCUACGUCGGCCUGGACUGCUCUGAGGAGCCGGAGGAGAUCCCCGUGAGCUCCCCCACGGCGCGCCGGCCGGCGUCGCAUCUGCGGCCGUGGCAGUGGUACAGCUUCAAGGCUCCUUUCAGCUGUUUCGAGGGGAAGUACACUUUGUCAGUGGAGGGACCCGGCGAUCCCGAGCUUCUGAAGAUGACGCUGUCUGGUGGUCACCUCGAGGUGACUGGCAGCGACGGUGUGAGCUCCACGCCGGAGGUGUCCAUCACCACCUCUUUGCAGAACACGGGCGCUGACUACGCGAGGACCGCCGAAGUUGAGGUUGCCCUCGGCGCGCUGGAGGGAGAGGCGUCCCUGGCUAUCGCUUUGCAAUGGCAAGGCCGAGACAGGGCCGAGGAUGUCGUCAUCCGCUGGAGUUCUCAGAUAGACGGCUGCGAAGAGUUCUUGGCGAAUGGAGGCGAUGAAGAAGGAGGCAGCCCGGUAGCGCUCAUCCUCGGCUUCGUGGCUAUGAUUAUCGCAGCAUCGGUGGUCGGCACCUUCUUAAUACAGUGCCGGAGAAGGUCGAAGGUGCAUCCUGUACAGCCCGUCCAGUUCCCCCGGACGGGGCAGCUGCGAGGUGCUGCUUCUGCUACAGACGAGGCGGGCUGGGCCUAA